ACGUCGGAGUCCCACAAACAAGGCGAUGUGACUGCUCAAUCCGUGUUCGUGUUUUUAUCUUAAAUUAGUGUCUUUUUUUUUGUUUUGCUCUUCUUUAGUUGCUACACUGUUCUGUCUCAUGACAUAACAAAUAUUAACUCCUCGCUGCGCUUGUAAGCUUCUCACUGAAGGCUGCUUUAUUAGCUUGCUAGCUGCGAACAAAGACGCGUUUGUUAGCAGCGCAUGCUAGCAAGGCUAACAUGUCGACAAGAGAAUGAAUGCUGAGAGCGUUCCGAGAACGUCAAUGAACUGCGACUGGUGAAGAAGCAAACGGGAAGAAUGAUAGCCGAGUACGAGGAGGACCUUUUUGCAGCCAGAGAGGAGAACGCGCGACGGCGCCGCUGCGUGUUGCACACAGCAGGUCUCCGUGAAGAAGGCGUUUCUCCUAAGGAACAGCGGGAGUGGACCUCCAGGGUGGAGCAGCGGGAGCCAGAGCCCCCCCACAUUAAAGAGGAAGAAGAUGAACACAGCAUCGAUGAGGAGGGAGAGCAGCAUGACAGGCUGGACUUCCCGGUGAUUCAUGUCAUUGUGAAGAGUGAAGACGACGAAGACGAGCCUCACUCCUCCCAGCUUCGUCGCGGUGACGGUGAGGAGAGAUCACAAGCAGACAGCCUCAUAGCUCCACUGUCAGAGAGUGAGGACACGCAGUCACACUCUCCUGUCACUGAUGAUGACGAACACUCUAAAGGUUAUAGGACAUGUCAUACGGACAACAAACACUUGACGUGUUCCGUUUGUGGGAGAAGCCUUUAUGACAAGAAAACGUUGAAAGUCCACAUGAGGACGCACACGGGAGAGAAACCUUUCGUCUGCUCAGUUUGCGGUAAAACGUUCGCUCAGAGGGGUAAUUUGAUCAAACACACUAGAACGCACACCGGAGAGAAACCCUUCACCUGUCCGUACUGCGGCACGAGUUUCAGCGACAGUUCGACAUUAGUGAAGCACAUGAGGAGACACACUGGCGAGAAACCUUUUAGCUGCUUGGUGUGCGGUGAAAGAUUCACCCGGAAGUCCAAUUUGACGACGCACACAAGGACACACACCGGAGAGAAACCUUUUGCAUGCUCAGUGUGCAGCAUUAUGUUCAGCGACCGUUCGUCGCUGAAUAAACACAUGAGAACGCACACGGGAGAGAAACCUUUCAGCUGCUCAGUGUGCGGUCAGAGAUUCACUCAGAAGGGACACAUGACGACACACACGAGAAGACACACCGGAGAAAAACCUUUUGUCUGCUCGGUCUGCCACACCAGUUUCAGCGACCGCUCAACUUUUGUCCGGCACAUGAGAAGACACACUGGACAGACACGUUUGCCUGCCACUGAGGAAACGCGAAAUUGAAAUGUCACAUUUGUCAACACACACCUGGUGAGGCAGUGUUGAGUUGCAGUGUGUGUAUUCAACGAUUGUCUUGUACACUACUCACAAAACGUUUUGCAUAUUGGGCUUCAUGGUGAAAUUUCCAGGAUGAACCUAAAAUGCCUUAUACAGUGAUACCUUGAUUUACAAGUGUCCCAGCUUUCGGGUUUUUUUUAGUUACGAGAUGUCGAUUUUUAUUUAUUUUUUGCUUUGUGUUGCAAGCCAAAAUUUGAGUUACAAACGAAUUUCAAAUACUACAUCACACACGGCAUUACCAGAUAACUAGCAACCCUUUAUUGCUCAGUAACUGUUUUUCUCAAUGUCUUUAUGUCUCCAAAGUGUUCUCUGUCAGUUGACUGUCUGUUGUCGUAGUAGAGCGGCUCCAACUACCGCAGACAAAAUCCUUGUGUGUUUUUUGGACAUACUUGGCAAAUAAAGAUGAUUCUGAUUCUGAUGUAAUGCUUUCGCAUGUGGGUAAGGAACUCCACGAUCACCGAUGCACUUUCAGCCGUCUAUUGAUGAGGGACAAACAUUCAAACACAAAUACGCAAAGAGGAUGCGAGCAAGCAGCUGCUGUAGGCCACAUCUCACCCCCGGGCACUUACGUGCAACUGUUACAUCCACCCCAAAAUACUACAGUGCGCACAGUACUUUUUUUCCAUGGGACAAUUUUUUUUUGUUACCUUUUUUUUGCAGCGUCCAGUAGUUGAUGUUGGUGCUACUUCUCCUCUUUUGUUGCAGGACGUUCGUCCACAUACUCUGUCGUUCUCGCGCACAUUUUCACACAAUACUCGCAACACUUUACACUCGCACUUGAAUUUUGCGUUGCAAUUUCAGUAUUGAUCAAUAAAUGUGUUUGCUGACGGCUAGCGGGCUAAGCUAUCUUGAGAAGCUUCAACGUGUACCGAGACAAUCCUAUCCUGACACAAAAACUUUUUACCCUAGUAAAGCAAUGAUGGAUGUACUGUGAUGAAGGUUCAGUACGUUGAGUACUAGUUCAGGAAGAAUUUUUUUUUUUUUUUUAGUGAAGCGUAUGUGCAAUAAAAAUUGCACUGCAAUUAUCCAUGGAUUUUAGCGGUCCACUGUACACUGAAAAAAGUCGCUUGAAUUUAUUUUAUCCUAACAUGUACAUCACUUGCACAUGGUUCAAAUGUGUUAAACUAACAUAUAUUAUUCCAAUAUUUGAGGAGCAAAUGUCAGUUUACCAUAUUUUAAUCAUGUGCAAAUGAUAGUGUGCUACUGUUCAACUCUGCGUCAGAGAACAGCAAGUUAUGCAAAAAGUACUGAAACAUUGAAAAGUUGAACAUUUGCAUUCAAACGUUUAGAGACACCAAAUUAAGUUCACCUCUAAAGGUUACAGUGCAUUUUUGGUUCAUCCUGAAAUUUCCCCCCCCCGAAGCCCAAUAUCCCUAACUUUUGGUGACUCUUGUUGGCAUCAAGAAACCGUCUGUAAGUGUCGCUUGUGGAAAAACGGCAGCUGUCAGUCAAGUGGCAGCACAGACGGUUGCUUUGGUCAUGUGAUUAGACGAGUGUGUACAGUCUGUGACGAUGUCAAAUAUGAAAUGAUGUUAGUGUUAAAUUUCAUAGCCAAAUUCUUGUGCUCGCGCAUAUUUCCUCAAACAGGGUCUGCUAGGACUACUGGGGAUAUUGUAUUUCCCAGUAACCAAGUGGUUAGUACAUCUGCCUCGAAGUUCUGUGGUUCAGGGUUCGAAUCUGAGCUGCGACCUUUGUGUUUUUUUUCCCCAUGCUUCCAUGGGUUUUAUCCAGGUACUCCGACUUCCUCCCACAUUCCAAAAAAAAUGCUUGGUGGUUUCUUUAAAUUCUCUAAAUUGUCCAUAGGUGCGAAUGGUUGUUUUUUUUAAUGUGCCCUGCGAUUGGCUGGCGACCAGUCCGGGGUGUACCCCAUCUCAUGGGAGAGGUUGCAGCUCAGUUGUGACCCUGAUGAGGCCAUGCGCCAUUUUGGUUUAUUAGGGUUAUUUAAAAAACGGAAUGUGGCGACUAAUAAUUGAGUAACUGGCAGAAGGCUUUACAGAUACCACAUGCAGUGGGGCAAAAAAGUAUUUAGUCAGCCACCAAUGGUGCAAGUUCUCCCACUUAAAAAGAUGAGGGAGGCCUGUAAUGUUAUAUAUAUAUAGGUAUACCUCACCUAUGAGAAACAAAAUGAGAAAAAAAAAUCCAGAAAAGCACAUUGUCUAAUUUUUAAAGAAUUUAUUAGCAAAUUAUGGUGGAAAAUAAGUAUUUGGUCACCUACAAACAAGCAAGAUUUCUGGCUCUCACAGGCCUGUAACCUCUUCUUUAAGAGGCUCCUCUGUCCUUCACUCGUUACCUGUAUUAAUGGCACCGGUUGGAUUUUGUUAUCAGUAUAAAAGACACUUGUCCACAACCUCAAACAGUCCCACUCCAAAGUCCAUUAUGGCCAAGACCAAAGAGCUGUCAAAGGACACCAGUAACAACAUUGUAGACCCGCACCAGGCUGGGAAGACUGAAUCUGCAAUAAGUAAGCAGCUUGGUGUGAAGAAAUCAACUGUGGGAGCAAUUGUUUGAGAAUGGAAGACAUGCAAGACCACUCAUAAUCUCCCUCGAUCUGGGGCUCCACGCAAGAUCUCACCCCGUGGGGUCAAAAUUAUCACAAGAACGGUGAGCAAAAAUCCCAGAACCACACAGGGGGGACCUAGUGAAUGACUUGCAAUCUGUAACGGACUACGCCGCCAGGGACUCAAAUCCUGCAGUGCCAGACGUGUCCCCCUGCUUAAGCCAGUACAUGUCCAGGCCCGUCUGAAGUUUGCCAGAGAGCAUUUGGAUGAUCCAGAAGAGGAUUGGGACAAUGUCAUAAGGUCAGGUGAAACCAAAAUAGAACUUUUAGAAAAUCUUUGGAGGGAGUGGAAAGUCUGUGUUGCCCAGCGACAGCCCCAAAACAUCACCGCUCUCGAGGAGAUCUGCAUGGAGGAAUGGGCCACAAUACCAGCAACAGUGUGUGAAAACCUUGUGAAGACUUACAGAAAACGUUUGACCUCUGUCAUUGCCAACAAAGGGUGUAGAACAAAGUAUUGAGAUGAACUUUUGUGAUUGACCAAAUACUUAAUUUCCACCAUCAUUUGCUAAUAAAUUCUUUAAAAAUUAGACUGAUUUUCUGUUAUUUUUUUCUUCUUCUCAAGUGAGGCCUAUGAUUCCAGGCCUCUCUCAUCUUUUAAGUGGGAGAACCUGCACAAUUGGUGGCUGACUAAAUACUUUGUUGCCCCACUGUAAGCACGGCCAUUGCUGUGUGUUAAGGUAAUUAUGUAUUGUUGUUGUUAUCAGAUGUCAUUUUAAAGAUAAUGAAAUCCACCUCGUGGCACCACUGACUUGAGAUAUACUGAAUUGUGUUUGUAAUGGUUAGUUUUUUGCCUGUGGACGUAGACCCAGACAUGAUGAAAUUGUGUCUUCAAUAUAGAUAUAAUGUGCUCACGAAAUACUAACGUGGGGUAAAUAUCAUUCCCGUGGACAACUUGGACGUCGGGGUAAGCAAAUGGAGUGCACCUUCGCUAGACACUGCAAUACCGUUCCUGUUUAAAUCUAUAUUCUGGCUAAAAUGUAACAUUUUUUGCUCCAUGUCAUGUCUGGGCCUUUGUACUUGUGUAAUAUAUUUUAAUUGCAAUAGAGGAGCUACGAUUACGUAUAUUUUUAUUAAAAGAUUGGCAGACUUUUACAUAAGCACAACUUAGUUAUGUGAUAAACAAUAAUGACUUUAAAGUUCUUAAUAAAUGUCAAUGCUCUGUGAUAGUUACAAUGUGAAGUAUACAGAAUGUUGUCAAUGUUGUGCCUAAAAGGAAUAAUAAAUGCAAUUGCUUGA